AAAAUCGGCCAUUUCGACCUAACAGGCGAGCGAGCCAGAAGCGGGGGGGACAGAGAGAAGGCAGAACAGGCCGGAAAAUUUAAGGGAAAAAAAAAAACAAAACAUCCAAGAUGAGUGAGACUGCCAUUUCGUUUGCCAAGGAUUUCUUGGCCGGAGGAAUCGCCGCUGCUAUCUCCAAGACAGCUGUCGCUCCCAUUGAGAGAGUCAAGCUUCUCCUUCAGGUCCAGCAUGCCAGCAAGCAGAUCACAGCCGAUAAGCAGUACAAGGGCAUCGUGGACUGCGUGGUGCGUAUCCCCAAGGAACAGGGCUUCCUGUCGUUCUGGAGAGGCAACCUGGCCAACGUGAUCCGGUACUUCCCUACGCAGGCCCUCAACUUCGCUUUCAAGGACAAGUACAAGAAGAUCUUCCUUGACGGUGUGGACAAGCGCAAGCAGUUCUGGCGCUACUUCGCUGGUAACCUGGCGUCCGGAGGUGCUGCUGGUGCCACCUCGCUCUGCUUCGUCUACCCUCUCGACUUUGCCCGAACCCGCCUGGCCGCUGACGUGGGCAAAGCCGGCGCUGAGAGAGAGUUCACUGGCUUGGGCAACUGCCUGGUGAAGGUGUUCAGGUCUGAUGGCCUCAAGGGGCUGUACCAGGGCUUCAACGUGUCUGUGCAGGGAAUCAUCAUCUACAGAGCAGCUUACUUCGGCAUCUACGACACAGCUAAGGGUAUGCUGCCUGACCCCAAGAACACCCACAUCGUUGUGAGCUGGAUGAUCGCUCAGACUGUAACUGCCGUCGCCGGUCUUGCGUCCUACCCAUUCGACACGGUCAGACGUCGUAUGAUGAUGCAGUCUGGCCGCAAAGGAGCCGACAUCAUGUACACCGGCACCAUCGACUGCUGGAAGAAGAUCGCACGUGACGAAGGGUCAAAGGCCUUUUUCAAGGGCGCUUGGUCCAACGUGCUCCGUGGUAUGGGAGGCGCUUUCGUUCUCGUCCUGUAUGAUGAGCUGAAGAAGUACAUCUAAACGUCCCCUUCCUGUCCGUCAUCUUUUUUUUUUUAUAAUGUAAAGUUCACGACAAAACAAGGAGAAAAAUAGGAAAAAGAAGCUGAAACGGUUAAACCAUGUAACAUAAAAACCCUGUUCUUCUGGCUGGACUCUUCUGCCUCAUCACUGAGGCCCGAUUAGUACUGCUUCUGCUGCUGGUUCUGAUUAAUACAGAGAUGGUGUUUAUUUAAACGAUGUGUGUGUGUUCGUGUAUGAGAGCCAUUCUCUUAGUCUGUUUAUCAUUUUAUUUUUUCCCCGGUCCUGACCCUUUAUUCUCAAUCCUCAUUCCUUCAUGUGAGAAAGCCCCGAUAUGUUCUCCCUGUUCUCCACUCCGUCAAUUUUUAAAUCAUGACUUGAAUAAAUUCAACCUACUGAAAAAAACAAA